CUGAUAAUAAUGCAGUCCCGACGGGGAGCAGCUACGAGGGCGGGGCAGGAGGCGCCCUUGGUGCGGACGUCGAUGGCAACCUGCUGCCGGGGGAGGGAGGAGACAGGUCCGCGCCGGAUGACGUGUUCGACAACGUACUGAUCCAGUGCCUAAAUUUUAAGGGACGCUACUGGGUGGAGGACCGGGGGAGCGGUGCAAGCGGUGCGAGCGAUGGGAGCGAUGAGAGCGAUGGGAGCGGCGCGAGUACUGCGAGUUCGGCGAGUACCGCUAAUUCCGCGAGCACCGCCAAUGCCGCUAAUCCCGCGAUGAGGAGUGACCCGAGAGGGGGAGAAUUCGAAGCCAAGCUGAUUACGCUGAAGCUGUCCCUCUACAACGUAACGAAGUCGUUUCUGUUUCUGUACUUUGAGCCGCAGGGCGCGAGGGGAGGAAGCACCAACGGUAGGGACCAGGAUGGGUAUAAUCGUAAGGGUCAGGACGGGCAUAAUCGUAAGGGUCAGGACAGUCACAACAGGAAGGACAGUAACGAUGCUGGCGCCCCGCCGAGGGAGCCUAACCAACCGGGGAAGCAGCACAACCAGCCGAGCAAGUUCCAGUUCCUCGGAGUGCCAGGGAUUAACGUGAACAGGGACAACACCUACAUGUUUAACGGUGCCGGUUAUAAUUUCCUCACGCUCUGCCAAAAUGAGAAAAGCUGCAUUUGCAACUAUAACGUUGCCAUUCAACAGAACGUAGCUAUGCAUGAGUCCACAUCAUUGCGGGAGGUAGAAGAGUCGUAUUUGUAUUUGCUCAAAAAGUAUGUCAUGGAUGAGACGGAGUCCUUUGGCGCCUACGUUUCGGCGAGGUACCGCGAUCAGUAUGAGCGCCAUCUGAGUGGGGAAGCGGCGGGGGAAGCGGCAAGUGGCAGUAGGGACACCCCUCCUGACAAAGCGGAAGUAGAAAAUGGCGGUACGGACACCCCUCCGGGCGAAGCUAACACCCCUCGUGAAGAAGCCAACACCCCUCCGGGCGAAGCUAAUACCCUUCCUGGCGGCACGGACACCCCUCGUGGCGGCACGGACCCCCCCCACUACGAUGGCUACAUCUCCUCCAACAACUGCGGACUAUUCGUGCGGCUGGAAGGAAACGACGUGGAUAAGAAGCACGCGGCGGCACAAGUGACAGCCUUUUCCAUCCUCUACAACAUCAAAUCGAUAAUUGAGUUAGGACUCUUUUAUUUUCAAAUAGGGAGAAGUAGCGAGAACAUGCGAAGUGCAAGCAAGGUGUCGCUUCUAUCGAUAUGCCUAAACUCAUUUAUAGACCUAUUCGAGUCACUUCUCCUUCUGUACGAAGUGAUGCUAUCCCGAUUGUUACUCGUGCAUUUUAUAUUCAUGAUUCUUCUCAAGUUUGUUUUAUUCACCCUAAUGGAAUUACGAUAUAUUUUAAUUAUAUGGAGAGCGAAUCAUCAACAGGAUCUACAGGAAGGAUGGGAUCAGCUACAAAGGAAAUUGGGGACUUUGUAUAAAUUUUACUAUGGGAGUAUCCUACUAGUCAUAGUAGCGUUUUAUUAUGUAUUCCCUAUCUGUCCUUACGUCCUGUUGUUACUGUACAUGUGUUGGGUUCCACAAAUACUAUUGGACAUAUGGAAAGGACAAAGGAACUCAGUAAAUCUGAAGAUCGCAUUUGCUCUCUCCUUAUGUAGGGUCUUUCUCCCAGUCUACCGAUUCAUGUAUUCUAACAGUAUUUUUCAAUUAGAUGUCUUCGCACGUGCGAUGGAUUCAUCAAACAGCACCUUCAGUAUUCUCCUCAUCCUUAUCCUAGCUGUGCAAUUACUGUUUAUGUCUUUGCAACGUCUGUAUGGACCGAGACACCUCAUCGAUAUCGACCUGCUACCACAUGUACAUAACUAUUACAAAUCGAUUGAUCCCAAUUUCGAGAUGGGUAUUCCAGAGUGUGUCAUCUGUAUGUAUGACAUCGUGUUAAAUGAGCGGAAGUACUGUGUUACUCCUUGCGUCCAUAUUUUUCAUGAAAAAUGCUUGCAGCAGUGGAUGGAUGUUAAGCUCGAGUGUCCCACCUGCCGAGGAGCCCUCCCCAACUUCCCCU